UUUUAGUAUUAAUAUCAGCUACAUCAACUUGAAUGUUGAACAUUGUAGAAGUAGUUCUCGGUGCAGUCACAAUGUUUUCCCCUGCUCUCCUGACGUUGCUCCUUGUGGGUGCCAUCACUGGCAUGCCCGUCCAAGAGGACAUUUCCGGCACCAUCACCAUCCAGAUCCGUUCUGAGGAAGCCCAAAUUCCGGAGGACAUUUCUGGAACCAUCUCAAUCAACUUUAGGGCUGACGAAGUGCAGAAAAGAGAGGAGGACAUCUCAGGUACCAUCACCAUCACCAUUAAGGCUCUGGACGGAUGGAGUACCACAUCAAUCCUUCCCGCUGUGUUCUCUAAGAGAGAUGGUCAGGACAUUUCUGGUACUAUCACCAUCGUUAUCAAAUCUCAAGAAGAACAGAAAAGAGAUAACAUGGAAGAUAUCUCCGGUACAAUCACCAUUACCAUCAAGUCACAGGAAGCAUGGACCGACUACAUUGGACCAGCCCUCCAAAUCGUACAAGCCGUUGCACCUUUAAUUGGCAAGAAAGAAAUUUCUCAAGAAGCGUGGACAGACUACAUUGCUCCAGCCCUUCAAUUUGCAACCACGUUUGCUCCACUACUUGGAAAAAAAGAUCUUACUCAAGAAGGCUGGACUGACUUCAUUGCACCAGCUAUCCAGAUUGCAACAACCGUUGCACCAUUACUGCUCGGCAAGAAAGAACUUACACAAGAAGCUUGGACUGACUACAAUGUACCUACUUUCCAGUUUGUAACAACACCCGUUCAGCCAUUAAUUAUCGGCAAGAAAGAACUAACGCAAGAAGCAUGGACUGAUUUCAUUGGACCAGCUCUUCAAAUCGUAACCGCAGUUGCACCUUUAAUUGGAAAGAAAGAGGUCUCACAAGAGUCAUGGACUGAUUUCAUUGGACCAGCUCUUCAAAUCGUAACCGCAGUUGCACCUUUAAUUGGAAAGAAAGAGGUCUCACAAGAGUCAUGGACUGAUUUCAUUGGACCAGCUCUUCAAAUCGUCACCGCAGUUGCACCUUUAAUUGGAAAGAAAGAGGUCUCACAAGAGUCGUGGACUGAUUUCAUAGGACCAGCUCUUCAAAUCGUCACCGCAGUUGCACCUUUAAUUGGAAAGAAAGAGGUCUCGCAAGAGUCAUGGACUGAUUUCAUUGGACCAGCUCUUCAAAUCGUCACCGCAGUUGCACCUUUAAUUGGAAAGAAAGAGGUCUCACAAGAGUCAUGGACUGAUUUCAUUGGACCAGCUCUUCAAAUCGUCACCGCAGUUGCACCUUUAAUUGGAAAGAAAGAGGUCUCACAAGAGUCAUGGACUGAUUUCAUUGGACCAGCUCUUCAAAUCGUCACCGCAGUUGCGCCUUUAAUUGGAAAGAAAGAGGUCUCACAAGAGUCGUGGACUGAUUUCAUUGGACCAGCUCUUCAAAUCGUUACCGCAGUUGCACCUUUAAUUGGAAAGAAAGAGGUCUCACAAGAGUCGUGGACUGAUUUCAUUGGACCAGCUCUUCAAAUCGUUACCGCAGUUGCACCUUUAAUUGGAAAGAAAGAGGUCUCACAAGAGUCAUGGACUGAUUUCAUUGGACCAGCUCUUCAAAUCGUAACCGCAGUUGCACCUUUAAUUGGAAAGAAAGAGGUCCUACAAGAGUCGUGGACUGAUUUCAUUGGACCAGCUCUUCAAAUCGUUACCGCAGUUGCACCUUUAAUUGGAAAGAAAGAGGUCUCACAAGAGUCAUGGACUGAUUUCAUUGGACCAGCUCUUCAAAUCGUCACCGCAGUUGCACCUUUAAUUGGAAAGAAAGAGGUCUCACAAGAGUCGUGGACUGAUUUCAUUGGACCAGCUCUUCAAAUCGUUACCGCAGUUGCACCUUUAAUUGGAAAGAAAGAGGUCUCACAAGAGUCAUGGACUGAUUUCAUUGGACCAGCUCUUCAAAUCGUAACCGCAGUUGCACCUUUAAUUGGAAAGAAAGAGGUCCUACAAGAGUCGUGGACUGAUUUCAUUGGACCAGCUCUUCAAAUCGUAACCGCAGUUGCACCUUUAAUUGGAAAGAAAGAGGUCCUACAAGAGUCGUGGACUGAUUUCAUUGGACCAGCUCUUCAAAUCGUUACCGCAGUUGCACCUUUAAUUGGAAAGAAAGAGGUCUCACAAGAGUCAUGGACUGAUUUCAUUGGACCAGCUCUUCAAAUCGUCACCGCAGUUGCACCUUUAAUUGGAAAGAAAGAGGUCCUACAAGAGUCGUGGACUGAUUUCAUUGGACCAGCUCUUCAAAUCGUUACCGCAGUUGCACCUUUAAUUGGAAAGAAAGAGGUCUCACAAGAGUCAUGGACUGAUUUCAUUGGACCAGCUCUUCAAAUCGUCACCGCUGUUGCACCUUUAAUUGGAAAGAAAGAGGUCUCACAAGAGUCAUGGACUGAUUUCAUUGGACCAGCUCUUCAAAUCGUCACCGCAGUUGCACCUUUAAUUGGAAAGAAAGAGGUCUCACAAGAGUCAUGGACUGAUUUCAUUGGACCAGCUCUUCAAAUCGUUACCGCAGUUGCACCUUUAAUUGGAAAGAAAGAGGUCUCACAAGAGUCAUGGACUGAUUUCAUUGGACCAGCUCUUCAAAUCGUCACCGCAGUUGCGCCUUUAAUUGGAAAGAAAGAGGUCCUACAAGAGUCGUGGACUGAUUUCAUUGGACCAGCUCUUCAAAUCGUUACCGCAGUUGCACCUUUAAUUGGAAAGAAAGAGGUCUCACAAGAGUCAUGGACUGAUUUCAUUGGACCAGCUCUUCAAAUCGUCACCGCUGUUGCACCUUUAAUUGGAAAGAAAGAGGUCUCACAAGAGUCAUGGACUGAUUUCAUUGGACCAGCUCUUCAAAUCGUCACCGCUGUUGCACCUUUAAUUGGAAAGAAAGAGGUCUCACAAGAGUCAUGGACUGAUUUCAUUGGACCAGCUCUUCAAAUCGUCACCGCAGUUGCACCUUUAAUUGGAAAGAAAGAGGUCUCACAAGAGGCAUGGACUGAUUUCAUUGGACCAGCUCUUCAAAUUGCUCAAAUUGUUACCCCACUUAUCACUGGCAAGAAAGAACUGACCGAGGAAGCUUGGACUGACUUCAUUGCACCAGCCCUCCAAAUUGCUGAAGUCGUUGCACCACUUAUCAUUAAUGGCAAGAGAGAACUUACCCAAGAAGUAUGGACUGACUACAUUGCACCAGCCCUCCAAAUUGCUCAAAUUGUUACCCCACUUAUCACUGGCAAGAAAGAACUGACCGAGGAAGCUUGGACUGACUACAUUGCACCAGCCCUCCAAAUUGCUGAAGUCGUUGCACCACUUAUUAUUAAUGGCAAGAGAGAACUUACCCAAGAAGUAUGGACUGACUACAUUGCACCAGCCCUCCAAAUUGCUCAAAUUGUGACCCCACUUAUCACUGGCAAGAAAGAACUGACCGAGGAAGCUUGGACUGACUACAUUGCACCUGCCCUCCAAAUUGCUCAAAUUGUUACCCCACUUAUCACUGGCAAGAAAGAACUGACUGAGGAAGCUUGGACUGACUACCUUCAACAAGUUCUCGUACAAGCUCCAUCAGUUUCGGCUUCGUAAAUUUAUUUUACACAUACAAAAAAUAUUUGUCGUUUUUAUAAAAUCUGAAAAUUACCAAUCUUUUUAUAUUGAUUUCAAAAUGUUAAAACCAUGUGAAAAAGUAAUAGUUACCAGUGUUAAGAAUUUUUGCUUAAUAAUUAUUUAAUAAAAGCGAUUACAAAUACU